AUGCAAACUCCUCCAGGUCUUGAAGUGUCCUCUUCACACCUAGUGUGUAAACUAAAUAAAUCACUUUAUGGUCUAAAGCAGGCAAGUAGGCAGUGGUAUGAUAAACUAACUGAAGUGCUGUAUUCCAGAGGGUAUGUGCACUCCAUGCAUGAUUAUUCCUUAUUUUACAGAAAACAGAACUCCUCUGUUGUUUUUGUAGCAGUAUAUGUGGAUGAUGUGUUGCUCACAGGGACUGAUUCUAAAGAAAUUGAUCAGCUCAAAGUUUUCUUACAUGAUAAGUUUAAAAUCAAAGAUUUGGGACAGCUGCAUUACUUCUUGGGGCUGGAGAUCCUUUACAAGUCAGAUGGCAUUGUUGUAUCUCAAAGGAAGUUUGUUUUAGACUUAUUGAAAGACUAUGAAUGUCUCCAUUGUCCACCCCUGACUUCUCCUCUGGAUCCUACAAUCAAGCUGAAAGCCAAACAGGGAACCCCACUUUCUGAUCCUACUUUCUAUAGAAAGUUAAUUGGCAAGUUAAAUUUUCUCACCAAUACCAGGCUGGACAUAGCUUAUGGGGUUCAGCAUCUCAGUCAAUUCAUGCAAGAUCCUAGGGAGCCCCAUUUGAAGGCAGCCUAUCGCAUGUUGAGAUACCUAAAAGGAGAUCCCACUUUGGGUCUUUAUUUCAGAAAUGAAGGUGAUCUUUCUCUGACUGCAUAUUGUGACUCUGAUUGGGCAGCCUGUCCAGAUUCCAGAAGGUCUGUAUCCGGGUACAUUGUGUUCCUAGGUGGAAGCCCAAUAAGUUGGAAGUCCAAGAAACAGGAAACUAUUUCACUCUCCUCAGCAGAAGCAGAAUAUAGAGCUCUCAGAAAGGUUGUUGGUGAGCUUGUUUGGCUGUCCAGGCUACUUGAAGAACUUACAGUGUCACCUCAUCUACCCAUACCUGUCCAUUGUGAUAGUUUAUCUGCUCUACACAUUGCUAGGAACCCUGUCUUCUAUGAAAGAACCAAGCAUAUUGAAGUGGAUUGCCAUUUUGUGCGCACCAAGCUCCAAGAGGGUCUCAUUUCACUACAUCACAUUGGGACUGGUCAACAACUUGCUGACGUUCUCACUAAAGCCCUCACUGGAAUCAAACAUUCUUCUGUACUUGGCAAGUUGGGUGUGACACCUUCACCUCCAACUUGA